AUUCUCCGAUUGCAUCUCAAAAAUCUCAGCUAUGGCUACCUCCUCCGCCUGGAAGCUCGAUGACCAUCCCAAGCUCCCUAAGGGCAAAACCAUCGCCUUAAUCGUCUUAGAUGGUUGGGGUGAAUCUGCUCCUGAUCAGUACAACUGUAUCCACAACGCUCCAACUCCAGCCAUGGAUUCUCUUAAACAUGGAGCUCCUGAUACUUGGACGUUGAUCAAAGCUCACGGUACUGCUGUUGGACUUCCAAGUGAAGAUGAUAUGGGAAACAGUGAGGUUGGUCAUAAUGCUCUUGGUGCUGGUCGUAUCUUCGCUCAAGGUGCUAAGCUUUGUGACCAAGCUCUUGCUUCUGGCAAAAUCUUUCAAGGUGAAGGUUUCAAAUACGUUUCUGAAUCAUUCGAGACAAAUACUUUGCAUCUUGUUGGACUUCUCAGUGACGGUGGAGUCCACUCUCGUCUCGAUCAGCUACAGUUGUUGAUUAAAGGAUCUGCUGAACGUGGUGCUAAGAGAAUCAGAGUCCAUAUUCUUACUGAUGGUCGUGAUGUUUUGGAUGGUUCUAGUGUUGGAUUUGUUGAAACUCUUGAAGCCGAUCUCGUUACAUUACGUGAGAAUGGUGUGGAUGCUCAGAUUGCAUCUGGUGGAGGUCGUAUGUAUGUGACUUUGGACCGAUAUGAGAAUGAUUGGGAAGUUGUUAAAAGAGGUUGGGAUGCUCAAGUUCUUGGAGAAGCUCCUCACAAAUUCAAAAACGCUGUUGAAGCUGUGAAGACAUUGAGGAAAGAGCCUGGUGCUAAUGACCAGUAUUUGCCUCCGUUUGUGAUUGUUGAUGAUUCCGGGAAAGCAGUUGGUCCGAUUGUGGACGGUGAUGCUGUUGUUACCUUCAACUUCAGGGCUGAUCGUAUGGUUAUGCAUGCUAAGGCACUUGAGUAUGAAGAUUUUGACAAAUUUGAUCGUGUGAGGUUCCCCAAGAUUCGUUAUGCUGGUAUGCUUCAGUAUGAUGGAGAGCUUAAGCUACCUAGCCGUUACCUCGUUUCUCCCCCGGAGAUUGAUAGAACUUCUGGUGAAUAUUUGGCUCACAAUGGCGUCAGUACUUUUGCUUGCAGUGAGACCGUCAAAUUUGGGCAUGUCACCUUCUUCUGGAAUGGAAACCGAUCUGGAUAUUUCAACGAGAAAUUGGAGGAGUAUGUUGAAAUCCCAAGUGACAGUGGAAUAUCAUUCAAUGUCCAGCCAAAGAUGAAAGCUCUGGAAAUUGGUGAGAAGGCUAGGGAUGCUAUCCUUAGUGGCAAGUUUGAUCAGGUGCGAGUUAACAUUCCAAAUGGAGAUAUGGUGGGUCAUACAGGUGAUAUUGAAGCCACGGUUGUUGCAUGCGAGGCUGCUGAUCUUGCUGUGAAGAUGAUUUUUGAUGCAAUUGAACAAGUGAAAGGAAUUUAUGUUGUGACUGCUGAUCACGGAAACGCAGAGGACAUGGUGAAGAGGGAUAAAUCUGGGAAGCCUGCUUUGGAUAAGGAAGGGAAGCUUCAGAUUCUAACCUCUCACACACUCAAGCCAGUGCCUAUUGCUAUUGGAGGUCCUGGCUUGUCUAAAGGAGUGAGAUUCCGUAAAGAUCUGGAAACACCGGGGCUUGCAAAUGUAGCUGCAACAGUGAUGAACCUCCAUGGAUUUGUGGCUCCCUCUGACUAUGAGCCCACCCUAAUUGAAGUAGUGGAGUAGAAGAAUUGAGAGCCUAAUCAGUUUUUAAGAGAGGGCUGAAACUCUCUAGUUAUCUUUUGUUGCUUUCUAAUAAUAAGAGUUUACACAC